AUGCGGGCAGUGAGGAGAAUUGACCCAUUGUCUCUGGUGGCGGAACACUGCGCGGACUCUGGACACACUUUCGCCUUCCGGAACGCCAAAAUUCUGGAUCGAGGCAAUGACCGCGUAGCUAGGGAAACAAUCGAGGCCUGGCACACGGAGGCCACCUCAAUAAACCAUUGUGUCACCAUUCCGGCAGCCUACCAAGCCCCCCGGAUGCAGAUCAACGAACGAAAGAGCAAGCGCGAAGUUAGGCCAGACGUGAAUCCAAACACGGGAGAACCUACGAUGAGCCUACACAUAGCCACACCGCGAAUUGGGCCCGACGAAGGUUCAGCCAUCAAUACUGCUGCCCCAACCACUACUCCGGCAGACGGGAAGAAACGCGGUCAGAGGGAUGCGAUCAAGACUAACAACCCAGGGCGGCAAUUAAGGUCAACGCGAAUGCGGGCGAUGGCCACCAACGUUCAAAUGCCGCCCCCGACGAGAGACAAGCCGAUUGACAGCAGUCACCUCCCCUCCCGCUCUGCUCCGGCGCCUACAGGGACGCCCCCCGUGCAUAUGCGGGCCAUCAGCGCCAAAGCCGAUUAG